AUGUUGCAAGCAACUACCAAAUCAUUACUUCCAAAUGCUGCAAGAUAUAUGUUUAGAUCAUUUGCUUCUUCCAAAAAGCCAUUUGGAAUUACAACAAUCAAAGAAUCAGAUCCACAAGUAUACACUUUAAUCAAAGAAGAAAAGGAAAGACAAUUCCAUGGAUUAGAAUUAAUUGCUUCAGAAAAUUUCACAUCAAGAGCAGUAAUGGAAGCAAUUGGAUCAUGUUUUACAAAUAAAUAUGCAGAGGGAUUACCAGGAGCAAGAUAUUAUGGUGGUAAUGAGGUUGUUGAUAGAUUAGAGAACCUUUGUAUUGAACGUGCAUUGGCAACCUAUGGAUUGGAUCCAAAAGAGUGGGGUGUCAAUGUACAACCAUAUUCAGGCAGUACAGCCAACUUUGCAGCAUUCACGGGUCUGUUGCGUCCACACGACCGUAUCAUGGGUUUGGAUCUGCCAUCUGGAGGCCAUUUGACACACGGUUACCAGACCGACAAGAAAAAGAUCUCGGCGACAUCGAUCUUUUUCGAAUCGAUGCCAUACCAAGUCGGCAGCAACGGCUACGUCGACUAUGACCGUAUGGAGGCCAACGCCGCACUCUUCCGUCCCAAGUUGUUGAUUGCCGGUGCAUCGGCAUACCCCCGUGAAUGGGACUAUGAGCGUAUGCGUAAGAUUGCCGACAAGCACGGCGCAUACUUGCUCUGCGAUAUGGCCCAUAUCUCUGGCUUGGUGGCUGGCGGUCAAGCCGUGUCGCCAUUCACCUACUGCGACGUUGUCACCACCACCACCCACAAGACCUUGCGUGGUCCACGUGCAGGCCUCAUCUUUUUCCGUAAGCGUGACGAUCUCGACACCAAGAUCAACUUUGCAGUCUUCCCAUCGUGUCAAGGUGGCCCACACGAAAACACGAUUGCCGGUAUCGCCGUCGCACUCGGUGAAGCCAAGUCUUCAGAGUUCAAGAGCUACGCAGGCCAAGUGCGUCGCAACGCCGCUGCCAUGGCCACCGCCCUCAAGCAACGUGGCUACUCGAUGGUCACCGACGGCACCGACAACCAUCUCGUACUCUGGGAUCUCCGUCCACAAGGUAUCACUGGCAGCAAGAUUGAAAAGGCAUGCGACGAAGCUGCCAUCACUGUCAACAAGAACGCCGUCUAUGGCGACACCAACGCCAUUGCCCCAGGUGGCGUGCGUCUUGGCGCUCCAGCCCUCACCUCGCGUGGUCUCACUGAAAAGGAUUUCGAAAAGGUCGUCGAAUUCUUGGACCGUGUCGUCAAAAUCUCAAUCGCCAUCCAAGACAAGGUUGGAAAGAAAAUGCCAGACUUCCAAAGAGCUAUUGCCGAUUCAAACGAACUCAAGGAAUUGAAAAAGGAUGUUCAAGCCUUUUCAAAACAAUUUAAUAUGCCAGAAUAUUAUGAAGACGAGCCACAAGAUCUUGCCAAAGAGAUGGAUAGAUAA